CUUUCAAUACUUUUUCUCACUCUUAUUCCGCAAAAUUAAUAUUUUCUUUCCAUUUCUUCUCUAAUUACCCCCACCCUCUUCUUAAAUUAAAAUAAUAAAUCAUAUAGUUUCUAUAAUAUUUCUCUUAAUUUCAUAAUACCAUAUUAAAAAUUUCAUUAAUUUUAUAAAAAUCCCAAAAACAUAAAGAUCAUGAGCUUCUUAGAUAAUCUAUGGGAUGAAACUUUGGCAGGACCAGCACCAAAAAAAGGUGUAGGUAGUCUCCGAAAAUAUAAAUCAUUAUCAGCCGUUAGAUCACCAAAUCAUCCGAUUGUUACUACUAAUUAUCAUGAUGAUCAUAAUGAUCAGACGGUUGGUAUUACUCGUAGUAUCACUAUCCUUCGUACUAAAAACUUAUCCGUUGAUCCUGGAUCUCCUGCUUCUUCUCCUACCCCUUCUAGUGGACCCUCUUCUCCUUUCUCACCCGGGGGAAUGGGUAACGAUCAGAAUGUGAAGAAAUUCACCAGGAAAAAACCGGCGUUUGAAGCGUCGAAAUAUGAGGAGGCGACAAGCCCCACCGUUUAUGAUUGGAUUAUGAUAAGUGCUUUGGAUCGUUGACGACAAUGGAGUAGCAACUUUUGAGGGCUGGGCUACUGAUAGAGGAGGAACAAAUUUGCCUUGUUCUUCAUUUUCCUUUUCUUUUUCUUUUUCUUUUUCUUUUUCUUUUGGUUUCUUUCUUUUAUAUUUGAGUUCUCCACUUCUCUGUGUAUAUAAACCCUUAAUUUGCACAUAUUAGCUUCUUUUUCCUCUUUAAUCUUUUAGGAGUUAGGUGAUGUAAGAUGCGAAGGAUGUAAAUAUGUUGUAAGUUGUAAACAUAAUAUAUCUUGCACCCUUUUCUAA